AUGUGUUGCCGACGGGAUCGGUUGGCAGUGUGGCCGUCGGCAGUAAGUCUGGUGCUGGCGUUCCUUUGUGUAGGCGCCGUAUUCGACGAGAAGCGGAUGGAUGUGUUUUUCGUUCACCAAAACAACUUCACGCUCCCACCUACGUUUGAACUCCAAACAGUCAGGAGCAGACUUGAAUGCGUUGCGAGAUGCCGCAAAAAUUCCACGUGUUCAUUAGCGCUCCACGGCGACCUUUCCUUGCCACAAAGGAUGUGUCUGCAUCUUCAGAGCGUGCUGACCUUGAAUGUUGGAACUAUCCCUAUGCAAUCGUACACAGUGAUGUCAGAUGUGGACGUAAUGUGUGCUCAGUCCUUCCAAGAGAUCGGCUCCUGCCCGAGUGGUUCCCCUCUCCUUACAGUGUUUAAUGACCGGAAGUUGCAAUGCGCAUGGCGCUGCCAAAAUAAUGCUGACUGUCUCUCGUUCAGAAUUGUUAAUGGGGCUUGUCACCUAUUGAGUGACCUCUCCAUUACAUCAAAUGACGUUCUAAACGUGCAUGAAAAAUGCUAUGCAAAAACAGAUAUUUUCGUGUGCGAAGGAAAAAUGGUCACCUUAACUUGCUCUGGCGCAAAGAAAGUUCAGAUUGGCUGGGCCAUGUACGGCGAGGAUCAAGGUGCACGGCAUUGCUCGAAAACAAACACCAAGACAGUGAGGUGUCACGCAGAAAAUGCCAUGGAGACCGUGCAAAACUUGUGUGAGAACAGGUCUUCGUGCGAAUUAAAAGCCAGUAACGCGGUCUUUGGAGACCCUUGUAAAGGAGUUUAUAAAUACCUGCAUGUGAAGUACACGUGUUUAUGAACUUAUAGUUAUAUUGUU